AUGUACUGUGCGCGCCUGUUCUCCCCACCACUCUGCACCCAACCCCACCUUCCCUCCCCCCUCACCAACACCCCCUCGCCCACUACUGUUCCUCCCCUCUUCCCCCCCCCCCCCCCCCCCUUCCCUCCCCCUCCGCAUUUCCCUCCCAUCAGUCCGUCCUUCCCCAGGAGGAACCUCGGCGGGUUUAUGGCUCCGUCCUUCCCCAGGAGCGACCUCGGGGGCUCCAUGGCGCAGCGCCGCAGGUUCCACCGCCGCAGGCAGGGCGCAUCAGGGCAGGCGGCAUCUGGGGGUGGUGCGCCUUCAGGCACGCCUGGUGAGGGGGAGGAGGAGGAGUUGGAGGGGACGUUUGUGUGGGGCACGGGGGUGAGCGUGCAGGACGUGUCGAGCAAGUUUGCAUCGUUCGUGCGGCACUUCAGGGAGGCGGAUGAUGCCCUUCACGCCAAGUACUCUCAGCAGCUUGAUGAGCUGGUGGAGAUGGAGGGAGACACCUUCCCUGUGGACUGUGCUGACGUGUACGCCUUCUCUGCUGAGCUGUACCGCCUGCUAGUGCGCUACCCAUUGGAGGUCAUCCCCAUCUUCGACAUCAAGAUCGCUGAGCUGGCAGCCGACCGCAUGCCCAUGUGGGACAAGCACAUCCAGUGGGGGACAGUGCGUGGGUGGAAUGACAUCAAGGCCGCUUACUUCAAGUGCCUCAUGUGCGGCCACUCGCCAGACCUCGUGCUUGUUGACCGAGGGGUAAUAGAGGAACCACGGCGGUGCCCGUGGCCCGAGUGUGGGGCGUUGAACAGCAUGACUCUGGUGCAUAACCGCAGCCGAUUCAUCAACAAGCAGAUGCUGCGCCUGCAGGAGACGCCAGAGGACAUGCCGGAAGGGGAGACCCCGCACACCGUGUCCGUGUUCCUGUUUGACUCGCUCGUGCAUACUGCCAAGCCGGGUGACCGAGUGGAGGUGACUGGGGUGUUUCGAGCCGUGCCCGUGCGAGUUAACUCCAACCAGCGCAACCUGCGCUCUCUCUACCGGACCUAUCUGGACUGCAUUCACAUUCGCAAGGAGGAGGGGGGGCGCACACGUAACAAGGGGGCAGCACAGCAGUCGCAGUCACAACAGCCGCUGACAACAUCUGCUGGGGGUGAUGCGGAUGAUGCAAACCCUGACGCUGCCUACUUCUCACCGCAACAGGUGGAGGCAUUUCGGAAACUAUCCCGGCAGCCAGACAUAUACGAGAGGCUGGCUCGCUCCCUGGCGCCGUCCAUCUAUGAGCUGGAUGACAUCAAGAAGGGGCUGCUGUGCCAGCUCUUUGGAGGGUCGGUAAAGCGCCUAUCGUCAGGAGUGCAGUUUCGAGGAGACAUGAACGUGCUGUUGGUGGGGGACCCGGGCACGAGCAAGUCGCAGCUGCUGCAGUAUGUCCACAAGAUUGCUCCUCGGGGGAUUUACACGAGCGGCCGGGGGAGCAGUGCCGUGGGGCUUACUGCAUACGUCACAAAAGACCCUGAAACACGUGAAAUGGUGCUGGAAAGUGGAGCGCUGGUGCUGAGCGAUCGGGGCAUCUGCUGCAUCGAUGAGUUUGACAAGAUGUCCGACAAUGCCCGUAGCAUGCUGCACGAGGUGAUGGAGCAGCAGACCGUGUCAGUGGCCAAGGCAGGCAUCAUCGCCACGCUCAACGCACACACGUCUGUCAUGGAGCAGCAGACUGUCUCAGUGGCCAAGGCAGGCAUCAUCGCUACGCUCAACGCACGCACGUCUGUGCUCGCCUGCGCCAACCCAUCUGGCUCGCGCUACAACCCUCGCCUCUCUGUCAUUGACAACAUCCAGCUUCCACCUACUCUUCUCUCCAGGUUCGAUCUCAUCUAUCUCGUUCUCGACAAGGCAGAGGAGCAGUCGGACCGUCGGUUAGCCCGCCAUCUCGUCGCUCUGCACUACAAGAACCCAGAGGCCUCUGCAGCUGCCACCAUAGACGUGGCAACACUCACCUCGUACAUCACGUAUGCCCGCAUGCGCAUCCACCCAGAGUUGAGUGACGAGGCGGAAGAGGAGCUGGCCUCUGCAGCAGCCACGAUAGACGUGGCAACACUGACGUCAUACAUCACAUACGCACGCACUCGCAUCCACCCGGAAUUGAGUGAUGAGGCGGCAGAAGAGCUGGUGAACGCUUACGUGGAGCUGCGGGGGCGGGGGUUGGGGCGAAAGGUCAUCACUGCAACGCCACGUCAGCUGGAGAGUCUGAUCCGCAUCAGCGAAGCCCUCGCACGCUUGAAGCUGGCUUCCACUGUGACCCAUGAAGACGUGACAGAAGCGCGGCGGCUGUUGGACGUGGCAAUGCAGCAGUCAGCCACGGACCCCACCACGGGCACCAUCGGUGUGACUCACAAAGACGUGACAGAAGCUCGGCGGCUGCUAGACGUGGCGAUGCAGCAGUCAGCCACGGACCCCACCACAGGCACCAUCGACAUGGAUCUCAUCACCACCACCACAAUCACAACCAAUCUAGCCCAAUCCCUCCCUCCCUCACUUUCCCACUCACUCCCUCACUCUCUCUCUCACUCACUCCAUCACUCACUCCCUCACUCACUAACUUCCCCUCAGGUGACUCACGAAGACGUGACAGAGGCAAGGCGGCUGCUAGACGUGGCAAUGCAGCAGUCGGCCACGGACCCCACCACGGGCACCAUCGACAUGGAUCUCAUCACCACAGGCGUGUCAGCCAGUGAGAGGGCCAAGCGCGUGCAGCUGCAGGAGGCGCUGCUCUCCUUCCUGCAGGAUAGGGCCACUGCCUCCCGCUCCUCCUUCCGCGCUACCCAGCAUAUAGGAAGCACCACAGACAGCACCACGGGCACCACCACUUGCAGCACCACAGGCACCAUGGACAUGGAUCUCAUCACCACGGGCGUGUCGUCGAGUGAGAGGGCCAAGCGCACUCGGCUGCAGGACGCUCUCCUUUCCUUCCUGCAGGAGAGAGCCACCGCCUCCCGCUCCUCCUUCCAAGCGCCUCAGGUGGUGUCAAGAGCCUCGGGUACUCCCCCAGGUACGCCCAGGGAGAGGCCUCAGGUGUGGGAGGACCUAAGGCAGCAAUCAUCCAUACCUGUCACUCUCUUCGAGGUGAGCUUUGCAUAUUAA